AUGGCUCCCAAAAGAAAAAUCGAGGCUACCGGCGCUGUGGAGGAGAGCGAACGGGCUUUACACUCUUCGUUUCAGAACGUCGCUAACAAUCUCUCUCGGUUUUAUUCUCAGUCACUCGAUCAUCAGAAGCUCGCUUUUGCCGCUGGCGAAAAGUACGCUUAUGUAAAACUUCACGAGUGGAUGCUAAAGAUACUGCAAGAGGGUAGAAUGAUCACCGUGUCUCAGAUUCUUACCUAUUUGAAGGGGGAGCUGAACGAUGCGGGCCCCACAGGACAAGGGGACAGCGGAGGAUCACAAGAGAACACGAUGGGAUCUGACAUGGCACCAUCCUCGUCAUCUGCUGCUCAUGCCGGUCAGAACCAGGACAGCUGUCCACAUGAUCAUAUGCAAAUGGAUUUCACUUCUCAUGGGAACUAA